GAAAGGAAAAAAAGUAGGGUUAGGUUUUUUUUUUGUUUGAAAUUCAAAAUAGAGGAAGAAGAGGAAAUGGAGACGCCGAGAGUGGGAGUAGGGGUUUUCGUAGUGAAGGAGAGAUCUGUGCUCUUAGGAAGACGUCGUUCUUCCAUCGGCAACUCCACCUUCGCUCUUCCCGGCGGCCACCUCGAAUUCGGAGAGAGCUUCGAGGAAUGCGGGGCGAGGGAGGUGAAGGAGGAAACGGGAUUGGAAUUGGAGAAGGAGAAGAUGGAGUUACUCACCGUGACGAACAACGUCUUCCGUGAUCCACCAGAGCCUCGUCACUACGUCGUCGUCUUUCUCCGCUCGGCCGUGGCGGAUCCGAACCAGUCGCCGGAAAAUACGGAGCCGGAGAAGUGUGACGGAUGGGAUUGGUACCGUUGGGACGAUCUCCCCUCUCCUUUGUUUCCGCCGCUCCAGGAAAUGGUCAACAAUGGAUUCGAUCCAUUUUCCUCAGAAUGAUUAAAUUCGAUCAUUCUCUGCUGUAAUAUAUUUAUUCUGAAUCUAUAUUAAAAGUUUUUUUUUUGGGUAUUUUCAUUUUUUAA